CAUGAACGACAGACAGAGUAAAAUUACUUUACCUAGAAUAGCUCAUUCUCCUAUAGAGGAGGAAGAUGAAAAUUCAUCAUUGUCCGAAUCGUAUAAUAAUAGUAAUAAUUUUAGGAAAUUUUCAAACUUUUCUGGACUUGCAACUGCCAGAAAAUUUCGAAGAAGGAGUAGUGUUGAAGAUUAUCACAAGUCGAGGGAAAUACUUAUUCUCAACGCGAAGAAAAGGAGAGAGGAAUUAAUGCAUAAAUGGAGAAAAGUUAGUCAUUGGAUAAUUAUUCUAUUUACUUUGUGGAGAGUUCAUGCUAGAAAAGUUAAAGAGUUUAUGGAUUCGAGUAUGGAAUUAUUAGACGCUAAAAUAGAUGCUGAUCUAUUGUUUGACGUAACUGAAUUUAAAUGUCAUAAGCAGGCUAGAGUGCCCAAAGAAGCAAAAAGAAUAUUGCAAAAGCGACAAAAUGAAAGGACUGACGAUGAAAUGCAUUACGUACAAAUCGCUUUAAGAAAUUAUAAGGCAAUAGCAGAUUAUCCACCAAAUAUGCAAAGGGUUAUGGCCAAGAAAGGGUGGUAUGAAGUGUACGAAGGGAAAAGAGUAAUUGUCCGACAAGGUCACCCAGCAAGAUGCUAUUAUUUCAUUUUAUCUGGUUCAGUUAUAGUUUCGAAACUAGAUCCCGAAACGGGUCUAUCGAGAACUUUAACGUUGCUACAUUCGGGUGAAAGUUUUGGUGAAAUCGGUAUUAUUCAUGCAGGAGCCAGAACAGCGUCAGUUGUCAGUAAGGAUACUGUCGAACUGUUGGCAUUUAUUGAUGACGACUAUGUUGAUAUCUUUAUGUCCGGUGGAUUGAAAGACCCGGGUGACCCUUUUUUAAAGACAGUACCCUGUUUACGUGGCUGGCCCUUACACUUACUGAAUGACAAUUCUGAAAAGUGCUUUCAAACCUUCUACAAAAAAGGAGCGGUAUUAACUAAAAACAGUACAGAAUCAGAGUGGAUUUAUAUUGUUAAAUCAGUAAAUAUCUUUAUUCUAUACGGUAGAUUAGCUAUACUUAAAAGAUUGAAUGAAGUCCCUCCAGAAUCAUUAGAAGAUGCUCCAGUUACUACUCAAAAAUCAUGCAAGCAGUUACUUUUGAAUGUUGACGCUCACGAAAAUUAUUUACUUAAAAAGAUACAAAAUCAAAAUGAUAAGUUAUUAAAAACUAAUGGAGGUAAAUUUAAAGGACUACCGGAAAUCCGAGUUGAGACUAAUGGAAUUUUUUACAAGAAUAACCUUUUCGACAAUCGUCCUAAAGGUUCGCCGUCAAAAUCCAAAAGAAUGCCUAAGUUAUCAAAAAGUCAUUUAAUGCGCUUAGCACAAGAAAUACCACAAAGUAUUCCGGAAACGGAUGAGAACGAAGAAUCUUACGUUAAGUAUCAAGAAGAACUUACAAAGCCGAUAGAAGAAGUCGGUCCAAUUUUUGUAAUAGUUCAAAUUUUAACUAAGGGAUCAGUCUUCGGCUUAGCUGACAUAAUUUGCGGUGAUCAAACAAAUUUUAGUGUCGUCAGUAAAGGGGCCGAAUGUAUUGUUGUAAAUAAGAAAUUUUACAUGGAAAAUAUCACAGAAAGCUUACAAAGGUUUCUAAGAAGACAGGUUUUUCCUUAUCCUACCGAAUCAAAAAUGCAGGACGACCUUUCACUUCAUCUAAAAUGGGAAAUUAGAAGGAAGAAAAUUUUGGAAAAUACAAUUAGGAGAAUUAAAGGAAGAAGAGUCGAUGUGCAUAACGCUAGAUCAAGACUUUUAUUAAAAUCAAAUGAUAAAUAA